AUGUGCUGGCUGUCACCAAGCGCCUCUCACACAGGAGAAGGAACGCACAAUGCAGAGGAAACAGCCGCCAUAAUCGCAGCCACGAAAGGCUUCCUCGCAGCACUGUGCACCAAGUCUCGUGCCGAUUUCGAGAAACACUGUGUUCGAGCCGGGGGAAUGACGCUCUCACCUCCGUCCCCUAUGCCCCUGCGCUUCUGCACGAUCGGCUCCUUCGUUGAGCAUGUCGCGACGCUCAAAGACGACAUCAAUGAGCGGAUCUGGGACCCCGAGGUGAAGGUGCACGAGGCAGGAAAUCUAGCUGCAGUGUGGGCGCCGUUCCGGGCGAAGAUUAAUGGCGUCGUGGAUCAUGUUGGCGUGGAGCUUUUUGUUUUGCAUAAGCUCGAUGGUGAAUGGAAGGUGACUGGGUUGGCGGAUUCGUGUCGGUUGCCGACUGAGGAGGAAAUGCUGUUGGAAUGA